AUGACGUCAGUGCAGGAUGUAGCGCUGCCUUCGUGCGGGCUUCGAGGGAUGGCAGCUUCUACCUACAUGAGGGUAGAAUCCGUGGACCGCCGCGGCUGGAUGGGUACGCAGUGGUGGCGGGACUGGCUGAUGUGGGGUCUGGGAGAUUCCGUCGAGUUUUGUGGGGCUUUGGAGUGUGUGGAGGCUCGCACCAGCCUUCCCCCCGUGUAUGAGCGUUUGCGUCCGCUCAGGAGCACUCAUCGCAUUGGUGGCCUACGUGCGCUGGUAGUGCAGUGGACAUAA